CCCGGCUCAUCCCGGCUCUCCCGGCCGUGAUCCCGUCCGGUCCCGGCUCAUCCCGGCUCUCCCGGCCGUGAUCCCGUCCGGUCCCGCCAUGGCCGCGAUGCUGAAGCUCUGGGCAGCGCUGCUGCUGGCCGGGCUCGCCGGCAGCCUGGCCACUGCCCGCCCCGUGGAGGAGGACGGGCUCCUGGCCGAGCUCGGCAACCUGCUGGACCCCCAUGAGGGACCCCUGGAGCUUGAGGACCCCCACGAGAAACCCCAGGAGCUGCUGGGGGGGCUGCUGGACCCCGAGGAGGAACCCCCGGAGCUUGAGGACCCCCAUGAGGAACCCGAGAAACCCCAGGAGCUGCUGGGGGGGCUGCUGGACCCCGAGGAGGAGCCCCCGGAGCUUGAGGACCCCCAUGAGGAACCCCAGAAACCCCAGGAGCUGCUGGGACUGCUGCUGGACCCCGAGGAGGAACCCCCGGAGGUGGAGUUUCCUGAGGUGAGCCCUGCAGGGCCCGAGGAACCCGAAGAGAGCCCGGAGGAACCUGAGGAACCCGAAGAGAGCCCGGAGGAGCCCGAGGAACCCGAAGAGAGCCCGGAGGAAUUCGAGGAGAGCCCGGAGGAAUUCGAGGAGAGCCCGGAGGAACCCGAGGAGAGCCCAGAGGAACCCGAGGAGAGCCCGGAGGAAUUCGAGGAACCCGAGGAGAGCCCGGAGGAGCCCGAGGAGAGCCCCGAGGAACCCGAGGAACCCGAAGAAAGCCCUGAAGAGUCGGAAGAUCCUGAAGAAAGCCCUGAGGAGCCUGAGGAUCCUGAGGAACCCGAAGAGAACCCAGAGGAACCUGAGGAACCUGAGGAGAGCCCUGAAGAGCCCGAGGAUCCUGAAGAGAGCCCUGAAGAGUCGGAAGAUCCUGAAGAGAGCCCAGAGGAACCCGAGGAGAGCCCAGAGGAACCCGAGGAACCCGAGGAGAGCCCGGAGGAGCCUGAGGAGCCCGAGGAGAGCCCUGAAGAGCCUGAGGAGCCCGAGGAGAGCCCUGAGGAAUCUGAGGAACCCGAAGAGGGCCCUGAGGAGUCGGAGGAGCUCAGUGUGGAUCCGAGUGUCCUGGUGGACCUGGCAGAGAGACUGAAAGAGUUGCAGGAAGGCGAGACGAACGAGGGGAUCCUGUCUCAUCUCAUGGACGCGAUUAACUGGCUGGUGACCCACCUGAGCAACCACCUCUUCGGGUGAGCAGUGAGCACCGCGAGCGCCGUGAGCACCGUGAGCGCUCCCCCCGCGCCGGGGACGGACCCCGCUCCUCCCGCCGAGCUCCCGGCUCGUCCCGCGGCUUUCCCCGCUCCAGGCACCCCCCCCUGCCCCGCACACCCCAAAUAAAGCCGAUCCCAAACGCC